CAGGCGGGCCGGGGCAGAGCAGCAUGCUGCCUUCGCUCUCCCCGCGCCGCUCCGCCUGACGGGGGACGGGGGGAGCCAUGCAGCCGGCGCUCCGCUAGGUGAGCGCGGCGCGGCUCGGCUCGGGCCGGAGCUCCGCGGGCAGCCCCUCAGCAGCGCGGCGGCACCGGCACCAUGAGGAACGGCGAUGACCUGGAGGGCUUCGACGGCGAGGCGUCCAGCACCUCCAUGAUCUCGGGGGCCAGCAGUCCCUACCAGCCCACGACGGAGCCCGUCAGCCAGCGCCGCGGGCUGGGCGGCCUCCGCUGCGACCUGGACUACCUGCGGGGCACCUUCGGCAGGAUCAAGCUGGCCGAGGUGGUUUUGGCACUGAUUGCAUUCAUCUGCAUAGAGACCAUCAUGGAAUGCUCCCCUUGCGAAGGCCUUUAUUUCUUUGAGUUUGUGAGCUGUAGUGCAUUGGUGGUUACUGGAGUUCUGUUGCUUAUGUUCAGUCUAAAUCUUCACACAAGAAUACCGCAGAUCAACUGGAAUCUUACUGAUCUGGUCAACACUGGACUCAGCACUUUCUUCUUUUUCAUUGCCUCUGUAGUACUUGCUGCUUUAAACCAUAAAACUGGAGCAGAAAUUGCUGCUGUGAUAUUUGGUUUCUUGGCAAUGGCAGUGUAUGCUGUGAACACAUAUUUAGCUAUUAAAAAAUGGCGAAUGAACAGCAGACAACAAAAUAGUCGGCAGACCAGUGAUUACAUACGUGCCCGGACAGAAUCCAGAGAAGUAGAUCAUCGCCCUGAGAUUCAGCGUCUGGAUGCAUGAAAAUGACAUUCAAAUGGGACUGCAAAGGGAAAAGAAGAAGUGCUUAACUCUCUCAUGGAAUAAAGGGUUUUUGUUUUAUUUAAGGAAGAAAAGGAAGAUCAGAUGGUGGCAAAGAAUGCCCAGCCCUGCACAUGUGCAGAGAUGCAUUGAGUCAGCAGCUGUUGUCAUGAAGGCAGUAAAUGUUGGCCAUUCAAAAGGAAGAUUGGUUUAAGAUGUCCACAUAUAUAUACACAUAUAUUAUAUAGCUUAUAUAAUAUAUAAUAUAUAUAUGUUUCGAAGUAUGUUAUUGUUUUGGAUUAACUGCACAGUACUUUUCUUCCCUCUCACAAGUGCAAGCUCUGAAUAUACAUGUUCUGCCACUGUUUCUUUGUCUAUUGUAAACACCAAGACUAGUGCUACAUUGGUUGGUUAAUAUAGGAAAGAAAUUCCUAAGUAAAUUUAAUAACACGAGAAAAGGAAGUGAGGGGCAAAUAGCAAUAACUUUAGCCAUGUAUUGUGUCCGACAAACUCUUCUGUAUCCAUCCUUAUGCAGCCUUGGCAGUGCAGCUCAAUUCUCAUCUGUAAGAUCUCCUGCAUUUUCACUGUUGGUGCACUUACAUAGCUGAAAUGGACAAGCAUUUCACUUUUUUUGUUUGAUGGAUAUAGUGCUGAGGUAGUUACCCUAUGGGUUACUUGUGAAAUUGCCAUAUUCAGUUCAUGCAUGCAUGCACCUUGGCCAGAUCUGAACUUGUGCAGUUAGCACGUUUACUGAAUGGUCACCAUAAUGCAUCAAGUGCAAGUAUGUGGUUAUCUGCUAAUGUUGGGAUACAUUCUGUUUUUCACUCUGAAGUGGGAAGAUAAAUAUGCUUGGGAGACAGGGUGGAGAAAAGGGGGUUGUGGGGCACAGUGGAGAAAGAAGGGGUUGUCAUCCAGUAGACUUGCAUUCCAGUCAUGGCUGGCUUGCUUUUUUUUGUUUUGUUUUGUUUUUAAGGUUCAACCUUUCUGAGAAGCCUAGGGUAAGCAAGAACUAGCAAAAAAUUGAUGUGCUUAUAAAAGUGUUUCUAAGGUUGCAAUAGUGUGAUUCAUGUAAGAUAAAUAUUUCUGGUUUUGGAGGGUUGGUUUUUUCUUCUAAAAUGAAAACUGUUGGUAGUAGGUAAAACUGAUUUUUAAAACUUUUUUAAUUAGGUGUUUCUGCAAAUUUUUUUCCCUCAUAUUUCUUUGGAAAAUGAGUUUAGGUAAUUGGAGAAUAAUAUGGUUGUAUUGAUUUGUUCAGAAAUAGUUUUACGUAACUGAUAUUUUCUUAUUUUAAUUGUACUUCCAGUGAAGAGAAGGAUAUUUGCUCUACCUAAAACUCAAAUUCUGCAGUAAUCGGUUAGACAAUAUCAUAAUGUUAUUAGGAAGAUGUCCCUUGAUAUUUUUCUGGGUUUUUUUUUUGUUUGUUUGGGUUUUUUUUGGUUUUUUUUUGAUUGGUGUAUUUAUCUAUGUAAUUCAUUAUUUGGCAUAUGCAUGCCUGCAUGUCAUAUGAAGAAAGUGUGUGUAGGGGAAGAUCUCUCGAGCUGAAUUCCUUUCUGAUGUAAGCUGAUGAAAUCUUUGAAUUUAGAGGAACUGUAUGCCAUGUAUACCUGAAUUUAUCUCACAUUUGACUUGAACACUUUUUACAUUGUGUUCUUAUGUAGCUGUACUCUUAAGUGGAUGAAUGCAGUUAACUGGAAUCUUAAAAACAAACAGGAGUAUGUUGCAGAUAGGUCACUUGUAAACAUGAUAAACAGGUUAUACCAAGCAGAAGAUCAAUAGAAAUGCCUGGGCUUUUUUAACACUGGAGGGAACUGGGAUAGUGACAGAUGUGAACCUAACGCUGCAAUAUUUGAAUCAAGCAACAGAGAAUUAUUUUGAUGUGUGAAAAACCAGUGACAAAACUAAUGUCUUUUCAUUUUCAAUUUACUAUGUCUACUGUGCAUUUCACCUUAGUGGUUAAGAUGGAGAUUAAAAUUCAGAAAGAGUUACUAAUGAGGUUAAAGAAAACUUGCAUUUUCUUAAUGAGUAAUGGUUUCCCAGUUACUAUAGUAACAUUUUAUUGUGCUUCUUUGAAAGUUAAUGGCAAAGGGAACACCAGUUUAAAAAAAGAUCGAACCAUAUAAACCAACCUCUAGUGUUGGGUUUAAAACAUUGACAUUUUAUUGAGGUGGUGUCUCACCAGGAUUACUGUGUGUUUCAUGAAAAGUAAAUGACAGUUCCAUGUUCAGUAUGGUAUGAAAUAAUGAAGCUUAUUAUUGCCAGUACAGUUGUUACAGCCCUGCUGUUUUUCCGCACUCUGCCUAGUAUUGGCAAAGUUUGCAAGGAGAGUUUGUAGAUACUGUCAAUUAUUAAAAGAACCUUUUUAAAAGUAGCACUAGCAUACCUAGACUGGAAUUGUAAACUGGCAUUAAAGCAGUUUGUAUAAAGGUUGCAAAAAAACCCCAACAAAACAAACCAACAAAAACAAAACAAAAAAAUGCCACCCACCCACCCCCAAAAACCCCCACACUAAAAAAACCAAACCCCAAACCCCCUACUCAAAUACAGAAUAUUUUCCUCCAGAAGAUCCAUGCUUUUAGAGUGGAACCCUCAUCUGAAAUCAAGGAACAGAAGUUAGGUGAUGCAUAGCAAAGGCUUUUCAUUAGGAAUGUAUCCGGUUUUGCUGGUUAAUGACAAGGACUGAAAUGGUUCAUACGUAAGAGAACACCCUGUUCCUCUCCUGUACAACCUGUGCUGAGUAUGUUUUUUUCAGAGGUGUGGGAGGUCUCGUGCAUCUAUUAAGUUUAUGAAUUUGGUAUCUUUCAAAUCCUUAAACAUUUCCUUACCUAGAAAAAGGAUAACAUCACCGAGCUUUUUCUGGAGUGAGAUCAUGAAAAGCUUUUGUUACCUUUUAGCUGGAAUGACAAAUGGAGAGUGAUGCAGUUACAGUUCUAAUACAGUGUAAUACUUCAUCGUGUAGUAUAGUAUACCUGAAUGACCUUGAGUGCAUUUACAUGUGAAAUAAGUUUUCUUGAGCUAAGAACAGUAUGCCAUUAUUUAUUACUUGCAUCAUGACUUGAGCUUAGCACAGCUUUCAGGGUAGAAUUCAAAGAGAAUAUUAAUUUAAAAAAUACUAUGUGAUACACUUUGUAAAACGAAAACAAAUGUAAAUUUGUAAUUUCCUUAUUUUGGGGACCAAAGAUUAUUUUAGUAUUGUAUAGUAUAUACUUUCUAAAAAUUAAAUUAAGCAUUUAUUGCUCUACAGAGACAUUAUUUACUCUUUGGAUUAUAUAGAAGGGAAAUAAAUUAGCUGUGAGAGACAACUAAAUUUGAAACACUAAGUUCAUAUGAUAUAUACAUGGUUGAUACCCUCCCCUCCCCCAACUUAAUUUUACACAGCGUGUUGAAGAGGUGGUAAUAUUUUAAGAUUGUUAUCCAAACUGCAGUCAUCAUAAAAAAAAAAACAACCAAACCUCUGAAGGAAGAAAAUAGGGUAGAAAGUUUAAAAUUUUUUUUUUUAAACUUGCUUAGAAAAGUGACAUUAAACUGUUUCUUCCAGCCAGUUAGUCUUGCUUGUAAUUGCUGAGCAUAUAGGCAUGAUUUCUUUUAGUCCUGAAGAGUGCUGUUUAGCUACAUAAAGGGACUCAAAACCCACUGUAAAUAAAACUAAAUUAAAGCUAAACAGUUGAACCUUGUAGGAAUGGGAUGCUCAAAACUGUAGUGGUUCUGAUUAGUCCUCUUUCGUCAAACUAAGCCCUCAGAUAUGCAGUCUCCAUGUAUUUCUGCAUGUAGAAAUGAUGGUAAAUUUUGCAACCUAUGCACAGACAUCAAAAGAUUAAACAAUAAGAUAUGAUUGGAGCAACAGCAUAAUAAUUGUUGUAUAGGGUUGUGAAAAUAUAUGUUUUCCUCUUAGUGCUAUGUAUGCUUAGUUUUGUCAGCCUUAGUUCGAGUUCAUCAUACGUUCCUGUAAUGAUGUGCAAACUGCCUACAACAGGAGUUUCUAAAACCAUAGUUAAGAACUGAUUUGACAGUAUCAUCACUUCUUAGUAAAGUUGAUUCCUUCUUACUCUCCACUUGUUCCUUUAAUUUCAUAUAUUCAUGCCUCAUCUAUCUUAUGUUUUAAUAUUUAAUUUUUGUUAAGCCUUCUUUAUUGAUCCUUACAGUGUCUGCUUCAGUAUAGGGAAGAUAAGAAUGCUGUGUCCAACAUUCUUUUGCUUAAGUGUGGUACUCUUUCUUUUUAUGGUAGCUUAUGAUGUUUGGGCUGGGUGUGCUGGGGGAAAUGUUAGUCUUUUCGCUAGGGCUGUUGAAGCUGGCUGGUAUACUGCAUGUGUUUCUGUGUAAGCUCUCUGGUAGGAGCCCCAUGCUUAGAGGUUGAGAGGAUUAGAGAUUCAUCUAACCUCUGCCUUUUUUGAGAGACAAAGUACUGACUCUAGAGAUUUGAUGCCUGUAUUUCAGUCUUUGCUAUUCAUCAUGGGCUUUGUAUUAAGAAGCAUGUCAUCAGCAAUGAGCUGUGCCUUGGAAGCAGCCUCUCGUCUUUUUCUUAUGUCUCUUACAUGUGAAUUCAAACAAAAUCAGUAAUGUGGGGUGCUUCUUCAUAGGCUUUGUCAUGUGUUUCAGUGUGCAUCUCAUUACACAAUCUGUAAUUGUUUUAUCUAUUUGUAUUUCAUUGUUGAUUCUAGAAAGAAGAGGGGAAAACUGGGGAAAGUUUCCAAUCUUCCCUAAGAUGAUCUUAUUUUACUUUUUCUUUUCCCCUGUGAAUUAUUUUGUACAAUAUGAUGAUGGCCCCUUCCUAACACAGCAGACUUACAGGUUCUUAAAAUAGCGUGGAACACAGCAGGAGAAUUGAUCUGCUACAAGCUGCAUGUGGACUGUUAUGAGUGAAUUAACCACUAGUUUUUCAUGAACUUUAAGGUCCCUGAACAAAUUUGAUAUUUGUUACCUUUGUGCUGUUUUGGGGAUGUGCAGGCACAGCAAAUGCUUAUCUAAUAUGUGGUUUUAUUAAGACAACAUCCUCCCCCCCCCCCCGCCUUAGUCCUUGUUCUAUAUCUGUUAUUUUCUUGUCUCAUGACAACUUUGUAAACAUUCCUACUUAUUUGGGUUUUUUUGGGAGGGGGAACCACCAAAAUAAGUAAGAGUAAUGUUUUUAGGGCAUAAUUUAAACAGACAAACUUAAUAGCAAUUCAAAUAGUGUAGAAAAUAAUACCCUGUCUCCUACUCAGAUACUGAACAGCUUUGUGCGUGAAAAUUGGAGCAUAAAGAACAGGUCUUAGGCUGAAAGCUCUGGAGCCAAACAUCUUCAGCAGGUAUUUAGGAUAAAUAAAAAGGCAGGCACAAUCUGAUCAUGUAUUUGAGAUGUGGUAAAGGGUGAGAAGGAGAGCAAACUUGAUGCUUAAUAAUCCAGUGCUUUCAAAAUGAUAUGUGAACAUUUAUAAUCCCCAAUCGCAGAAGGGAAGAUUGCUUCUGCACUUCAUAGAGAAGGAGAGAGACACCUUGAAUCGGUAGUAAAAGUAGGUGUGGAAGUGUUUCUCUGUUCCUAACUCUGGGCUGUGCUGGCUGUGUAAUACAGUUGGAGAGAUUCUACGCUGACGUUAAUGGUGCAUCUUAAAAGCUGAGGUAUGUUGACAAAUCGGUGUGAUUGUCAAAUAACUUCUGCUCAGCUGAAGUGUAGUAGUUGGUUCACAGAGACCUGCAGAAUGUAGAUGCUUGCAUCAGAAGGGCUCUAUGUGUCUAGAAGAAAGGAUAGUUUCAGACUAAUUUCUGCUCAGUCCCACUGAAAUUAGUAAAGCAGUCAUGUAGCAUUUCUGAAAAUUGGGUACUUAGUUCUUGUUGUCUAUAGCAUAAAAUAAUGGAUUGUUUGGAGGGCCAGCAAAGCUCAAAAAGACUGUGCAGAUAGAGAUGUCGCGUAUAUGAAUUCUAACGACAACAAAAGUAAGAAUUUAAAAAUGAAACUGAAAUAGGUACGAAACCCAGCAGAAUGUUUGAAAAUACUUUGUAGAAAUUAUGCCAUAUUCCUCUCCAUUUUAACACAGGGAGUUGGUUAAAAAUUAAUUUAUACAAAUAUUCAGGAAAUCUCUGAAUGCCACUUCAGAGUUUUUCCUGGUAUGUUGUUUUCCCUGUUAGCCACUUGGCCACCUGGAUAGAUCUGUUUCACAGUGUCAGAGCAGUGCUGUCCAACUUGAAAGGGUUCCUUUGUUGUUUUGGUCUUAUUUUAGCAUUGUCUUUUUUAAAUCUGUCUAUAAUUUAACCAUUUGUAUUCUAAAAAUAAUCUUGAACAAAUCUGCGUACACUGUGAUUUAUGAUAGCCUUUAAUUUAGAGUAUACAACACAAUCUAAUUUUCUUUUGGGAUAUGCAGCUUUCAAAAGUGUUCUUAUAUAUGCCCAGAAAUGAAAGUUGUCUAUUUAUCAUGAGAAUGUGAUUAGAUAAAGUUACCUAUCCAGAAUCCCAGUGCAACUCUUUCAGAUGUGCUGGCUGGAUGAGUUAGUGAAAUUGCCUUUUAAUCUCUAUGGGUUAAUAAAUAUUUUUUUUUUUUUUUUAUAACUAGCCACAGAUAUUCCUUUUUAAAUUAUACUUGGCAAACAGAAGAUAUUUAAUUUUAUAUACAAUAUACAUAGUUACCUUGAUUGACAUAUUUAUAACAUAGAGCUUUGUGUUUACUAUGAAGGUUUUAUCUGUAUACCAUGGACUUCAUGGGUAAAAUUUUAAAAAGCCAGUUAGCAUAUAUGGAAGGGUAUGGAAAUUAUCUUCAUGAAUUCAGAAUGAGGACUUAGGAGCAUUUAAAAAAGCAAUAGCCAGAUUGUAUAAACAGAGUAUCUGGGUUUUUUCUUAUUUUUUGAUUGGGGCUGGUCCCUACAGCUAUUUUAAUAACAUCUGGAUGUGAGUAACAGAAUGAAAUAUGACCAUCUGCCUCUUCUGACUGUCACGGACUAAUGUCUAGAAUAUGGGAAAUUUCAGGGUAUUGUAUUUGUUUUGCUUUGGACAAAUGUCUCAAUAGACAUAUUUAAUUAAAACCUUCAUGUGUUUGAAAGAAAAUACCCUCUCUUAACUAGGCUGAUUUAUCACUUUUGGUAACCUUUUAAUCCCCAAAGUAUUAUUGUCUAAAUAUUUUUAGUAAUGUUACAUUUAUCCUGAUGUCUACAGGUUAAAUUGGUUCUGGCUAGCACCCUUUUAUUACAACAAUUGCUACCUUCAUUUUUCUACUGUUUAUACUUUAAUCUUGAAUGUUUACCGGUUUCUACUUGUUAGAUAUUGUGGAGGGAUAUUGUGGAGGGAGAGUGUAUCUUAGCACUACAGUUCAUCCAGCUUUAAAUCAUACAUCACACUUCUGGAGUAAAAAAAUAUUUUGAUUUAUAUAUUGUGGCCAAUUUAUUGCGUUUUAAAAUGAUUUCUAUACUUAAGACACAACAUUUAUGACAUAAUAUAAUAAAUGACUUAGCUAAUCAUUAUAUCUGUCUAGGCUUACUCUCUUCUACAUUAGUGUCAUUUUGAAACUAUUUGUAUAUGUUGAAGUUUGUAAGGGUUCAGGAACCCACAAUAAAAUAGUAAAGUAUGUAUUUAUUUCUCAUUAUAAUGCUCAGUUUUGACUCAAAAGUUGACACUUUGUAUGUCUUUUCACAGAAUUGUAAACAAAUACUGAAAAACUGCUUCACCUAGGGUGCCUUCCAUGUGUGGUAUAAACACUUGUCAUUCACAAAAAUAGAGAUGUAAAUUUAUUAAACCAGUAAACACUAUUUUUGUAAUGUGAGUCACUAAUGCAUCUCUGGCUUCAUUGUGCUUUGUUUCCACUAACACCAGUUUUACGGCUACUGUAGUCAUUGACUUCCCUUUGUGCACUAAAUAGUAAAUCUGAUCUCAUGGCGAAUCAGAAGAUUGUAUCACUUUUGCUCUGCUCUGCCUUCAGCUGCUACCUGAAAGAUAGAGAUAAAGCACAUUGCUGAUGAGAGCUAGAAGGUACUCCAAAUUUCUUUCCUUGAGACUUCUGUAAAGAGAUGCUUGGUGUGGGAUAUCUGUAUCCUCGGUGCUGAUUCUGUGUCCUCUAGAAAAACAUAGCAGGUGUAAUCUAAACAUUCUGAUUCUAGCUCAUAAUUUAUGAUUCAUGGUGUCUGAGGAAGGAGCAUCUAGGCCUGACUGAAAGACUUUAUCCCUCGGGGAUAUAGGUCCUAUACUGUGACAGAUUUGUAAUCGUGAACAGCUCAGAAGUAUUAAUUGAAACAGUGGGUUAGAAUUCCAUUUUGGGCUGAGCAAAGGGGAUGCAAUUUUCCUUUUAUCAUAUGAGCACAAGUCUGCUUGUGUUUUGCUUUUGAAGUAAGAAAAACUGUAACGUUUUGCCAAGGAAAAUCUUACAAGCAUACUCUAUGUGCAGAUGCAUAACCUGACUGUUGUCCUUACUCAGGCAAAAUUCCCCAUUGACUUAGGGGACUGCAGAUCAGGUACCCAUUUAUCACCAAGUCCUAAUCGAGGAUUUGAAGAAUAUCACAAGUUAGCAAAUGUUCAUAUAGAGACAAUUUACAACCUUGAAGCAAUUUCACAUUAUUUUGGUAAGUGUUCUUGAAGUUCUCAAACUGCACAUGAGGCCAGCUGAUAAAAUAGAUGCUUUCCGUAGCGGUACCUACCAGCUGUGAUCACUGUCUUCUCAGUAUCGUCAGCUCUAACUUACAUGUGUAAGUGUAGCAUCUUCCAGCUCUGUAUGUGAAAGUUGUGCUGUUAAUGCUUGACCAAUUUCAAAGGCAAGGUAACUCUACAAGAAAACGUAACCCCCAACUCCUUUUUUACACCAGUAAUGAUUUUUUCAAUAUGUUGUGUGCUUCUUUUCUGUUGGUGUUUAUGCUAAACAAACACAAGCUGAAGAACUGUAAUGUCUUGCAAUACAGAAAGCAGUCUUGUUUUUAAAAUCCAUACUGUUACAGCCUAAUUUAAAUUGUGUAUUUAUCAGUUUUAAAUGUCAUUUUGCUUUUCUAGUCUUUUGUAUAUGGGCACAAUACUUUUUGUAAAUUUUUUUUAAUUUAGUUGUCUUUCUGUCUUUCUGAUAUUUGAAGAUUUGAGCUCUAUGGAUUUUCAUGGUACUCUUCUGAUCAUGUCUUCAUAGUGGUAAAAGUCUGUAUUUUUGUAUGUAGGGAAAAUGGUAGUUUUCUAACACUUAUCUUGAUCAAUAUAGUAUGGAAUCAUUUGUGAAGGACUUCCUGUUUAAUAAAUGGACAUAUUAAAGUACUAAAA